CCUGUGGGGCUGAGAUGUCCUCUGUGGCCCUGCCUGCAGGUCAGUGGCUGCUGGUUUCUCCCUGCCUUUGCUCCUCCCUUUCCACAUCUGCUGGGCUGGCAAACAUUACUGCCCUCAGCGCCCUGCCUCUUUCCUUCUCCUUCCUGCUAUUACCGAGGGAGGCCCCGAGUCUCCCUGUCCUCUGCUGUCACCCUCCUGGAGUCACCGUCCUGGUGUCACCCUCCCGGCACAGAGCAGCAGGUCUGAGCAGGAUGGCCGAUUCGGACCCCUACCUGCGGCAGCCCUGCCUCACCGUGCACGGCAUCCCCAUGGUCAAUGCCUUUGCCCACAACUGGGAACGGAUUGACACCUUCCAGAGCCGCCCUGAGGACAUUGUGGUGGUCACCUACCCCAAAUCCGGCACCACCUGGGUCAGCGAGAUUGUGGAUAUGAUCCUGCAAGGUGGAGAUUCUGAAAAGUGCAAGCGGGACAUUAUCAGCAAGAGAGUGCCCAUGCUGGAGUUCUCUGCCCCUGGGAAGAUGGCAGCAGGAACAGACCUGCUGGCCACCAUGCCCUCCCCCCGCGUGGUGAAGACUCACCUGCCGACGCAUAUCCUGCCCAAAUCCUUCUGGGAAAACCACUGCAAGAUGGUCUAUGUGGGACGCAACGCCAAGGACGUGGCUGUCUCCUACUACCACUUUGAUUUGAUGAACAAGUUCCUGCCAAACCCCGGGACAUGGGCCGAGUACCUGGAGAAGUUCAUGGCUGGCAGAGUGGCAUAUGGUUCCUGGUACGACCACGUCAAGGGCUACUGGGAGCGCAGGAAGGAUCACCCCAUUCUCUACCUCUUCUACGAGGACUUGAAGGAGGACCUGCGUCGGGAGGUUGCCAAGGUGGCCCAGUUCCUGGGGCAGAAGCUGUCGGAUGCGGUGCUGGACACCAUCACCCGACACACGUCCUUCGAGGCCAUGAGGGACAACCCUGCCACCAACUACACCAAUAUUCCCUCUGACCUCAUGGACCAGAGCGUGUCGCCCUUCAUGCGCAAAGGCACCACCGGGGACUGGAAGAACCACUUCACCGUGGCCCAGAACGAGCGCUUUGAGCAGGACUACGCGCAGAAGAUGUCAGGCACCGACCUGUGCUUCCGCACUCAGAUCUGAGGGGACGCCGCCAGACGCCCCCGAGAUCCGCCCUGUGCUGAGGUGGCACUGCUGCCGUUCCUUCCCUCCCCUGGAAGUGCUGGAGAGAAAUAAAAUGUGCUCCCUGACCCUGCCAUGGGGUGCUGCUCACUGUCCUGAGUUUCUGCUGAUCCCAACCCAGGUGUUCCCCUGGGGCUGCUGUUCCC